AUGAUCGAUACCAAAUUGUGUGCUCUCACAGACUAUGCUUGUGUGUGCAAACGUCGUCAUCAUGGGCUAUUGCAUAAGGACCUUUCUACUUCUGAUCCAUCGUCCAAGGUUCCUAAAGUGGCUAUGUUUGUCAGCCAUCAAAAUCAACUGCCAUCUGUAGUACUAGCAACUGCACUACUUCAUGUGCAAGAUGUGGCUGAAAGUCCACAGAUGGUUCGGGCCUUGAUUGAUGGCGGCUCACAGAUCAGUGCCAUAUCUGCACAUUGUUGUCAACGACUAGGUCUACGAGCGGCAAAAUGGACAUUACCAUUUACCGGGUUAUCAGAAUUACCUGUGCCAAGCGUUUUGGGUAUCGUAGAUCUACAUAUUAUCCAACCUCGGGAUUCAAGUCAAUCUUCAAUGCCUGUAAGAGUUGGGUACUAUCUUCCAUAA